ACGAAAAAUCAAUAAUGGCAUAUUGACUGAAAUCAGCCGCAGAAUUUCGGACUUUAGGCUGAAAUUGCAUGAACGAUGGCGCUGCAAAAAAUGAGGAGAAAAUUUGGUCGUAUGAUUCAACUGCGGCUUGAGCGUACGACCGAUUAUAUUCGUAAUUUCGUUGCGAAAAAAUUCAAAAAUGCCAGUGUUGUGACAGCUACUGAUCAAGGUCACCUUGACAAUAUGAUACUCCUGGUGCAGCUGAUUUCAUUAAUCUUGUUCCUCGUCUGCCAGUCAUACCCCGGAUUUUUGCGAAUACGACUGAUAUAUAAGCCAGAAUUUUGCUACAAUGGAACUAACUGUAGUUAUAAGAUGGAUGAACUCCUGUUUCGACCGGUUGAAGCUCAUCCUGGAUACAGAGGUAUCUGGGAAUCCCUACAGAGAGUCACAAAACUUCUUCCACAAUAUUCAGGUGAAGACAAGGAGAUUGACGGUUUAAGGGAGGAGAUCAAAACUUAUUGGAUGAUGCAACUGAGUGCUUGGCCACUGGAACCAAUCUGCAUGAUCAUAAUACUUGCAAUGGAUGUUAUUCGCCGCAGUUUUUGCCGCCGCCUACAGAAACGAGACACAACAGUGAUGUUUAGCAUGACAGGACUAAUGCUUUGCUUAUGCGUUCUGCGUAUAUGCGGAAUUUAUCUGUACUUUGCCAUUCUUCGUCGGGCAAACAUAGUGGCCCAGAAGGUAAACUAUCGAUCCUCCAUUGGAACGCAAGUGAAAGACCUAGCGAUCAUUCUGUGUGUGGAACCUCCUGGCAACUAUUUCAUUUUAUCCCUGAUCAAUUUGUUUUUUACACUCAUUCAAAUCACUUUUGCAAUGGACUAUUUAGAUCCAAACUAACAAUUUCACCUUUUGACUGAUGUGAGUUCUUAUGAACAUAUUCGUACUCCACCCUGUUGACAUUUCUGAGAGACAUGGUUACUUUAAGGCCAUGAGUUUUAUACUAUCAAAUCGAUUCAAAAGUUCGAUGCUUUAUUUAUGAAAACAAUAUGCACAAUUGCUGUAUUCCCG